UACUCGGAACAACAGAAAGGGGGUGUGGGAUGCGCACCGCAGGACGCAUGCUCGCUCUUCUUCAUCCGGGUACCUGCCGUUGACUGUGUGGGUACGGAGGCGGGAAAUGGCGUCCAGAGGUGCGGGGAGGACAGAGGUGAACCUCGCCUGAAGAGGCACGCAAAAAAACAGCAAGCGUCAGCAGCCCUGAAAACGACCGUGAUCCUGCGACUCAAUCCCCGGAGAUUCGUCCAUCUUACAUGUGACUCUUAACAAAAUGAAGCUGAGAAUGCGCAAGGCUUCUCAGCAGCCAAACCUCGCCCGCAGUCCCAGCCCGGCCCGGACCAAGCGGAAGCACUCCGAGAUGGAGGAGUGCUCAGGUGAUAGCAAGGGCCUUCUGUCCAGCAUCAAGAAGUUCAUCCAUGGAAGUUCCAUAAAGGUGGAGACGGACAACCCAGCAAAGAGGAAUCGUCUGAGCUGCGAGCUGAUCACCUCCACCCCACAGAGGAAAAAUGACUUGCAGAGGAAAAGCAUCUACAGGGCCCGCAGAAGAAGCUUUGUCAAUGAAGAAACCACAAACCAUGACACGAGUAAGCCUAACGGGAAGUUGGAGGACUCUGAGGAGGUUGUGAGCAGUCCACCCCGCACCACCCUGCUUGGAACCAUCUUCUCUCCUGUCUUCAAUUUCUUCUCAACAGCAAAUAAAAAUGCCUCGGAUUCCCCAGGCCAGGUGGUGGAGGCAGAAGAGAUUGUGAAGCAGCUAGAAAUGGAGCAAGUAGAAGAGAUGGCCACCAGUACUGCCACAUCUAAAGAGCCCCUAAGUGUCCCUCUCUACACCAGUGCCAUGCCCUCGGCCUUCAGACCUCCACCCUCCACUCAUACACCUGCAGAGGAGAGUGUAAACACCCCCCACUCUGACCUGCCUCCUCUUACAGCUCCUGGCUCUCCUGCAACAGGUGGUUAUGUGGACGCCUCUCUCACUGUCCCAGCUGAAGGAUCAUAUGAAGAGGAGUGGGAAGUGUUUGACCCGUAUUUUUUCAUCAAACAUGUACCUCCACUAACAGAAGAGCAGCAAACUCGCAAACCUGCACUCCCUCUGAAGACUCGCAGCACUCCCGAGUUCUCCCUGGUGCUUGACUUGGAUGAAACCCUUGUCCAUUGUAGCUUGAAUGAGCUGGAUGAUGCAGCACUAACCUUUCCUGUACUCUUCCAAGAUGUCAUAUACCAGGUUUAUGUGCGAUUGAGGCCAUUUUUCAGAGAGUUCCUUGAACGCAUGUCACAGAUUUAUGAGAUCAUUCUCUUCACUGCCUCAAAGAAAGUUUAUGCAGACAAGUUGCUGAACAUUCUCGAUCCGAGGAAACAGCUGGUGCGGCACCGAUUAUUUCGUGAGCACUGUGUAUGUGUGCAAGGAAACUACAUUAAGGAUCUGAAUAUCCUUGGACGGGAUCUGUCCAAGACUAUAAUUAUUGAUAACUCACCACAAGCCUUUGCUUAUCAGCUUUCCAAUGGGAUCCCAAUUGAAAGCUGGUUUAUGGACAAGAAUGACAGCGAACUUCUGAAGCUGGUACCUUUCUUGGAGAAACUGGUGGAAUUGAAUGAGGAUGUGCGGCCACAUGUUCGCGAGCAGUUUCGGCUUCAUGACCUCCUUCCCCCUGACUGAGCGCACAGAGUGGG